GAGAGAGAGAUUCUGUGCGCGCUCGACGGUCACAGCGAGUCUGACUGACUGAAGAUUGAGACGGCUAAAACACAGAGAACGGGGAAAUUCAAACCCAGUGAAAAAAACACGAUAUAGAAAAGAAGAAAACAAACAUUUCUCUGAAUUUAAUCGAAGGAAAGAUGCCGUUUACCCAGACUGAGGUAACACGGUGUCAAAGAUGAGGGGCCACAACAUCCCUCUGUUCCAUCUAUUCUCAUUCAAGAAAACACAAUCAACAUGAUGUCAACUUUGAUGGACACACUGCAACUUAAAUACACAUCAUCGGCUCGGAUAUUUUCUUGCUGUAUGGAAGUGAUGAAAAUUUUGGCUGCUUCUAUUGAUUGACACUGGAAGAAAUUCCAAGGGUUUUUCUGGUUGACGUUAUGCUUAUUUCAGUGCCUACAAUUCAUAGAAAUCCAACAAUAAAGGGCUGCAAUUUUCAUUAGUCAGUGAGGUCAAAGGACUGAGGAUCCAGAAGAAAGACCUUGAGCUCUUUAUCAAUUUCCUAUCUUAAAUCAAGAGGACGAGUGACACCACUCAAACCUACCACCCAAAGGACAAUGUGAGAUACCCGCUAGAUGGGCUUGUGAUUGGAAGCAAAGAAGGGAAAGAAAGACCCAACUACAGUGACCAAGAAUACUGACUUGAGACAUUGGGUUAAACUAAGUCUGCAGAGAGAGUGGGGUACAUUGCCUGGAAUUAUGGCCACAGAGAGCCUUGUUGAACUCCGCGAUUGGUUGUUCCUACUUCUUCUAUGCCUGACAUUACUGGUUGAAGUCCUUGAGUUUGCCGCAGCAACUGCUGCCGCCGCUGAGGCAGCUCUCGGGGAGGCGGAGCUUCAGGGAGACGUGCCAUGCCCCUCAGCUUGCAGGUGCGAUGAUGGCUUCAUUUAUUGCAAUGACCGUGGCUUGAGCAUCAUCCCUCCAUUACCAUUAACGGCAGCUGUGCUCUAUCUGCAAAACAACCGCAUAGACAAUGCCGGGCUACCAACAUCUUUAGAGCGACGACUGACUGUGCGAGUAGUUUACCUUUAUGAUAAUGAACUUGAUGAUUUUCCAACACAUCUGCCUCCAUCGCUACGGGAACUUCACCUACAGGACAAUAAUAUACGAACUUUACCCCGUUCCGCUCUUGCACGGCUCCCCCUGCUGGAGAAGCUUCACAUGGAUGACAAUUCAGUUUCAACCGUAAGUAUAGAAGACAAAGCAUUCGCCAACAAUCCGAGGCUGCGUCUUCUUUUUUUGUCACGCAACCACCUCUCAAGUAUACCAUCAGGACUGCCUGCAUCACUUGAGGAACUCCGACUAGACGACAAUCGGAUUUCAACUAUUCCAACGCAUGCAUUUCGAGGUCUCUCCUCUCUAAGACGCCUCUUCCUCGAUGGAAAUCUGCUGGCAAAUCAACGAAUCGCAGAUGACACAUUCUCACGGCUGUCUAACCUCACAGAGCUUUCUCUGGUUCGUAACUCGCUCCAGGCACCACCAUUGAACCUUCCUAGUAUGCACCUCCUUCGGCUCUAUCUACAGGACAAUGCCAUAGCCCACAUGCCACGAGGCUCCCUGGAUGGCAUGCGAAGACUACAGAAACUGGACAUAUCAGGUAACAACUUAACGACUCUUCCGAGGGGUUUAUUCAAGGAUCUAGACAGCCUUUCACAAUUACUUGUCCGAGGAAAUCCCUGGUACUGUGGCUGUAACCUCCGCUGGCUUCAUGACUGGUUGCAUGAGCGAGGUUCAUCAGUGACCGUGAGAGGUUUAACUUGCCAUGGACCAGAGAGACUAAGAGGCAUGGCACUAAGGGACCUUACCAGUCAAUUAGCAGACUGUGAGAUCAGUGUAGAUACUGCAGGAGGAAUGGCUGGAAAUGAGGGAGCAAAAAAAGAGAAAGGUUAUUUUCCAACACAGCCACCAGUUACAACAACCCCUCCACUUCCACAGGGUUCCCUCUUUACCCUCAGAUCCAAACGACCAGGACACAAGUAUUCUGAUAUGGGCCAGGACAGUCUUGGGGGUGGAAAUGGGGUUACUGGUAAAUCAUUACUAAUCAGUGUAAAACCUCUCACACCAGAGACAGUCCACAUUACCUGGCAGGCUGCACAGCCAGUUCCCUCCUUCAGACUUUCCUGGUUGCGACUAGGGAACAGUCCUGCAAUGGGGUCAAUCACAGAAACACUUGUGCCAGGGGAUCGCCGUGAGUAUUUACUUACGCAGCUACAGCCCCAGUCAAGUUAUAUCAUCUGCUUGGUGCCUCUCUCUGGAAACGAUGGUAAAAGAACCUCUUUCACAGCAACUGGGGGGUUAAACAUAAACACAAACUCAGAGCAUGAGCAUCCUGCUUGUGCCAAAACAGAGACGGAUCCCCUAGAGCAGCCUAUUUCAGACCAGGACAGCGAUCGAGGAACAGACCAACUGUCAGCACUACCACUUGCUGGGAUUAUUGGAGGUGCAACAGCAUUGGUGUCUUUGUUCUUAAUUUUUGGCAUUUUCUGCUGGUAUGGACACCGUGCAGGGUACCUUACACCAGGUGAUCAUUCUAUAUACGGUAGAGAUGUAGUUGGAUCAAGAGGUGCCAGCAAACAUUAUGAUGACUAUGUUGAGUCUGGAACCAUAAAAGACACAUCAAUCUUAGAAAUCAGGGCUCAUGGCUUUCAAAUGACACCAAUGUCUGCCCAACAGCCUUUGCAGCCCAAGGCAAAAGUUGAGGAUAUGACAUACAUCCAUACUAUCUUUCCCUCUAAUAAUGCAAGUCUAUAUAGGAGCACCCUAAACCACACAGGAAAUCCAGGCUAUGGAACAAAUCGAGGGUACAGAGGAGGGGGAAUACCAGACAUAGAUUAUUCAUACACGUGAUAGCCUUUUUUAUAACCCCCUGCCUAUUCUGUUCCUGUCUUCAGGUAAAGCAGUUGGGUGAGGGUUCUUUUCCCUUGGUUCUAAAGUAGGGGUGUGCCGAUUCUAAGGGGACCAUUUAUCCCCAUUUACCAUACACAAAAUGUUAUUUCUGGAUAGAUUAGAUUUUUUAAAAUCAAAAUAUUUAUAUUUAAAAUGGCAUAGUUUUCAUACCAUUGGAGCAUCGGUGUAACAAAAAUCAGGCUUCUGCCAUUUGAAUUGCAUCUUUUAGGACAUUAAGUGAUGUUACUCCACAUACAGGAAAGAAAACGAUUCACUGUUCAAAAUCAGGAUUUAAAAAAGCUAAAUAGACCGUGUCCUGCAGACACUACAUAAAUGAUUCAAAACAUUAACAUGGUUACAUAAAUUUGUUUAGAGUGGAACACUUCGUGAUAUGUGAAUGAAACAGGUUUUCAUUCGGCACACCCCUAUUCCAAAGUACCCUUUGUGCCUCCUUUAGUCUGUUUUCAAAACAUUGUUCUUAAUGGGCAAAAAGCCCUUUGGAACAUGCUUAAAAUACCUAUAAUAGUCAGAAAGUGCCAGGGAUACCACUCUUGGUGUUGAUGUUAUCCAAUAUUCAGAUGAUAAUUGAAGCUGUUUUUGCAUCUUAGUACCAAUGAUUUAUCAGUGUCCUAAAACUAGCUCAUAUUAAGGGUUAGCAUGAUGAUGAUGAUGAUGAGAUCUGGGACCAGGUUAAUUUAGAUAUAGUUUUACUACCUGGACUUUACUGUGUACAUAUGCACUGGGAAAACUGAUGCCUUUCCGUUCUGGGGGAUACUGAUGACAAAAAAAAAAAAAAAGAAAAAAAUGUUUUGGGGGGUGUUAUUCAAAUUCGAAUUCUCAGUUCUCUCUCCCUCCUUUUAUGGGCUUUUCCUUUAUUCUCUCUAUUUCUUUUGCACGCAGCACGAGGACUUUGUUCCCAACACAGGGAGCUGACAGUGGUGAUAAUGGAUUUGACAAUGAAAGACCUCAAAUUGCUACUGGGUUUCUUUUCUUUUAAUGAGAGUGAGAAAAGUGGGGUAGAAGGAGACAAAAGGAAAGAGAAGGAAAGAGACGAAGGCAAAGAAAAAGGUUUCAUGCUCACAAAGGAAAUGUGUCUAUAGAAAAUAAGACACUGCAAAAAGUGGAUAUCUGAAAAAGUGAAUAUCUUAUGUCUGAAAAAGGGGAAAAAAAAAAUAUGUCCAUUCACUACAUGGUUUCAAGAACAGUCAAAUGAAAUUUACGAAGCUCACAAAAGUCAUCCGCUUUUAAAUUAUGAUGGAAGGUAUGACUUAAAAAUCGGAGGCAAUUUAAACUAAAUAGAAAGAGGCACUUAAAGACAAUCAUGAAUAGGGGAAAACCCUAAUUGAUGAAUUAACCUAAACUGGCAGGCUGACAUAGAUAACACAGUCAAUUUAGCAUGUAAAAAAAAAAAAAAAAAAAAGCAAACUAAAGGGCAGGGCUUGUUGAUACAGAACAUACCAGAGAAUAUCAUGGACACCAAAUCUAUUAAAGUAGAUGACAAAUGAUCAGACAACAUUUACACGUGUCAGCUCAUUACAAUCUUUGUGUGUGAAACGCUGAGGUGCAGGAAAAACAGAAAUCAGGGAUUAAUAAAAUAUGUAACACUGUGAACCUCUGCAUCUUGUGUGUGGGCUAAGAAGGAAGAGAGAGAACAAAGGUCUUUAACUGAUUAAAGACAAUCCACUUUUUUUCCACAGUCUGACUUUGUGUGACUUAAAUGCAGCAUUAGCCGGGAGAGUAGAAAGGUAGGAACACUAAAAGGAUAUCCGUACCGGAUCUGCAAUUUUCCAGCCUUUUCUGAUGCAUUUUAAAAGUGAACUAUUCAAAUAAGUAGUACAUGUAAAUCACUUCUUUCUCUCGUUAUAGAUAUGGAAUAUCAUCAUGAUGAAUAGUAAAUAAAGCUUGUUAUCUUUUUCAUUGACAUAUGUAUCAUUAAAAGUUGUGAUGAAACA